AGCUGCUGGAGCGAGUGCUCGAUCGGAGGCAAGCAAGGGAGAAUGCAUGAUUGAGCUUGGAUAAUGUUUGGUUCGUCCGAAAUCGUAGGGACGGAUCAGAAGCUCGAGAUCAUGCCACCAAGGCUCAUGGUUCCUACGUACUAGCCAUGUGUAUGACGUAGCCUUGUUGCUCGCCUGAGUCGACGUGGUCAAAGUGCCCCCCUCCGCUUCAGCUCGUAUCGAAAAGGAGGAGUCAUCAACAACCAUAUGUGAUCAUGCUACGACUACGGCAACUUCAAAACUUCCAUCCAUAUACACUGCCGGUAAGAACACUCAGGUACGUGCCAAGGUAACUCAAUGUUCACUGAUCCUCCACUCAUAUUUUUUUUCCGUAAGAACAUAGCUUGAUCUUCCAAGUUCAUGCUUCCCUUGUUUAUUCUCAUAUGCUCUAGUUUGGAUGUCUUUCAGCUAAUGCAUCCAUAUGCUUUUUAAAUUAAGCAUGGUGCUUAGAUUAAAAUAGCCUAAUUUAAUCAAUAAGACAUGGUGUUGAGUUGAUUAAUGAACUGCCAGAGUUAAUACUCCAUAGGCAUUGGAUGUAUUUCUUUUGCGGACUAACCCCUGCAGGGAAGAUUUCAAAUAGAUGGGUAAGUCCUCAAGCUAAAUUUGUACUGGAGAUAAACCAAGAUUCGUGACGCACUUCACAAAAAAAAAUUCCGCAACAUACAAAGAAGGCACAAAUCAUCUUUCAAGGAAUAGCUGUGGGGGACAUCUCUCAAGCUCUCCAAGUGCACACUCAUUCAAGAUCCUCCCCCAACAUGUUGCAUAACAUCGAACGGUCCAGCACACUACGGUCCAGCGCACUGAAGAAUAGGACAGAUAGGUUCCAGAGAGGGAUGGACGAACCUUUGGGUUGACCAAACCGCCUCUGACUGCGCUUGACUUCCUUUUCUUCCUCUUCAAUGAUGGGGCAAAAUUCAGAGAGGACUGGACCAAGGACUGAAGGAGCAACUUUCUCAUUUUUAUUGAACAGUGAUUGGAGGAAAGAUGGUGACUGCAGGAGAAAAAAGAAAGGAUGUUCCAGUUUGCGAAUAUGAAGCACAAAGAAAUGCAAAUGUCCUAGCCAAUAACAUGAAGCUCAAAGCUUUGCAGCUUCAAGAGCUUGGACAGGAAGUUUCCUCAUCACUUAUGACAGGAAAAAAGAGAAAGGUGGAAGCUGUGAGGCAUCAAGAAAAGAGGACGACAACUAAUGCUACAAUUCAGCACAACUUACGAACAAGCUCGAGAUUGAGUGCUGCACGGGCUAAUGUACAACCAGGGAAUGGGAGUGGUGCACCUAGUGCUCAUCUACAGGCAAGGAAUGGCCCAAGUGGUGAUCUACAGCCAGAGAAUGGGAGUAGUGGAGCAAGUGCUCAUCUACAGCCAAGGAAUGAAGAGUUAAGAGAACAAGAGAAGAAAAAAGUUAGAGGGCCAACUACAAAGGCUGACAUAUUUGCAAGACAAAAUAAACCAAAACUCAAACUAGAGAUAAAUGACUGUGGCCAGCCUUGUGGACCUUCAAGCACUGAAUUUGCUAACUUUAUUGGUGCACUUGUGAGAACAAAGGGCUUUCCGAUGGCACAUGAUGAUUGGAGGAAGGUUUGCCCACAAAAAAAAUAUAAGCUGUGGACAGAUGCUCAGCUCUAUUGGGAUAUAGACAAUGGGUCCUUCAACUGGUUUAUGAAAACAGCAGCUACAAAAUGGAGGGAGUUCAAAGCAGAGUUGAGGAAGGUCUUUCAUGAUGAUAUGGAAUACGAAGAACUGCUUGAAUUGCGAGACGAAAGAGUGCAUGAGGAGGAUUGGAAGUGGUUAAUUGAUCAUUGGAUGUCUCCAGAUGGAGCUGUUCGUUCAAUGAGAGGGAAAGCAAAUCGGUCAAAGAAGACUCAAAACCAUACAUCUGGAAGCAAGAGCCAUGCACGUGUUGGGUUUGAAAUGUGUGAAGAGUUAGGACGUCCAGCACGUAGAGAUGAAUUGUUUAUUAAAACACACACACAUAAAAAUGGAGUACCUCACAAGGGAGCCGAAACAACAAUUAAUGCACUGAAAGAUGCAGUCAGAGAUCAUCCUGAACUAGUAGAGAAGAGUAUAGGGGAAGGUGAUGCCUAUUUCCAUGUUUGUGGGCCAGAGAAGAAUGGAUAUGUUCGUGUUGUUGGCUUAGGACCAACACCUGCUGAAUUGGAGAUGCCUGGGGCCAAAAAAUGCACAUCAACCAGGCUUCAAAUGGAAAUCGAAGCUCGUCGACAAUCUGAUAAGAAAGUGGAAGCUUUAGAAAGCCGUUUGGACAAUAUGCAACAGCUGCUAGAAAAGUUACUUCAGCAGCAAAUAAAUCCUUCUAGCACUCCAAAUGGAUCAAACAGUUCCGCUCAUGUGAAUCGACCUACUAUUGGGGAACAACUAGAGAACCAUCAUGAUGAUAUGGGAUCACGUGCUGAGGAUGAAAUAGAUAACAUGCACUUGAGUGAUGAUGAAAACUUGCUCAUGACUAGGCACUCUGUUUUUUUUCCAGAGGAACCACAUCAUGAAGAGGGUGGAAGAGAUGUGAUCCUGUAUAAUGUUGUGAGGCCCUAUAAUCUCCCUGUGGCUAAGGGAACUAUGCAAACAACAAACUCAUCAUCUAUAGUGGGGGGCACUCCUCUUGGCGUUCAAUACUGUGAGGUAGUUGUCAAUCAUGUUUUCAUGAGAGAAGCUAUACUACCUCGCCCUUAUGGAGCCUUAAAGUCUGUUGGAGAUGCUCGUGGGAGAUCCAUUGCUUGGCCACAUGACAGAAUCAAGGAGGACAUGAAGUCUUCAAAGCUGUCAAAAGGUCCAGGUCCUGGUACUUAAGUACUAAUUGCCCAUGCAAUCACAGGUGAACAGGCAACUAGCUGGUGGAGUACGUAGUAAUCUUUUGGCAGUAAGGCAUGUUACAAGCUUUGGAGUGACCUUUUGUGCAACAAGAAUAUAUUUUGUGUGAUUGUGUGGUUAGAUUUUUUUUUUAUUAGAGAGAAGCUUGUAUAUUCUCUCCCAGUGGGUCAUAUGCAUAUGGCACCAUAUAAUAGGCUGGAACUUAUGACCUAACAGUUUGAUAUUGGACAUGUAUUUUGGUACUGUAUUUGACAUCUAUCUAUGCUGAUGCCACCUGGUGGAUCCUGA